CCCUUCGUUUGAGUCGCACAACCCACUCCGUGCCCGGGCUUCGUCUCCCCUUCCUCCGGUCGUCCACCCUCCUCACCGUCCCAGCCUUUGCGCCCGCCGCCAUCGGUCACUGGUUCGCUGCCGGAGAGAGAUCGCCAAAGAUCCAACUCAAUCCCUAGAGCUCCAAGAACGCUAGCAGGAAUCCAAGAUACAUCCAGUCCCAGAAGAGAGAUCCUCCCUUCUAUUUCCGAUUGGAAGAACUCUAGACGAACCCUAGGCUACGAGGAGGAAGAAGGGGGAAACUAAACAGCCGGCAAGAUGAGGAUUAUGAUAAAGGGUGGUGUGUGGAAGAACACCGAAGAUGAGAUCCUCAAAGCGGCGGUCAUGAAGUAUGGGAAGAACCAGUGGGCUAGGAUAUCUUCCCUUCUUGUCCGCAAGUCCGCCAAGCAAUGCAAGGCCAGAUGGUAUGAGUGGCUUGACCCAUCGAUCAAGAAGACAGAGUGGACAAGGGAAGAAGAUGAGAAAUUGCUUCAUCUCGCCAAGCUUAUGCCCACUCAGUGGAGAACAAUUGCCCCAAUUGUGGGUCGAACACCAUCCCAGUGUCUUGAACGCUAUGAAAAGCUGCUUGAUGCUGCAUGUGCAAAAGAUGAGAACUAUGAACCGGGUGAUGACCCCCGAAAGUUGCGCCCAGGAGAGAUUGAUCCCAAUCCUGAAUCUAAACCUGCACGUCCUGAUCCUGUGGAUAUGGAUGAGGAUGAAAAGGAAAUGCUUUCAGAAGCACGUGCUCGGUUAGCUAACACUAGAGGCAAGAAGGCAAAAAGAAAGGCAAGGGAGAAACAGCUUGAAGAGGCAAGGAGGCUUGCAUCUUUGCAGAAGCGAAGAGAAUUGAAAGCAGCUGGAAUUGACACAAGGCAUAGGAAGAGGAAGAGGAAAGGAAUUGAUUAUAAUGCAGAAAUACCCUUUGAGAAGAGACCUCCCCAAGGAUUCUUUGAUGUUUCAGGAGAAGAGAGACCCGUGGAACAACCUAAGUUUCCAACAACAAUUGAGGAACUUGAAGGGAAAAGGAGGGCUGACAUUGAAGCACAAUUAAGGAAGCAAGACGUUGCCAGAAACAAGAUUGCACAAAGACAAGAUGCCCCUUCUGCAAUAUUGCAAGUUAACAAACUUAAUGAUCCAGAAGCAGUCAGGAAGAGGUCCAAACUAAUGCUGCCAGCGCCUCAGAUUUCAGAUCAGGAGUUGGAGGAGAUUGCAAAAAUGGGUUAUGCAAGUGAUCUUGUUUUAGCCAAUGAGGAGCUUGAUGAAGGUAGUGGUGCCACACAUGCUCUCCUUGCAAAUUAUUCUCAGACUCCAAGACCGGGAAUUACUCCCUUGCGAACCCCACAGAGAACUCCAGGUGGAAAAGGUGAUGCAAUUAUGAUGGAGGCUGAAAAUCUUGCACGGUUGAGAGAAUCUCAGACGCCUCUUUUUGGUGGGGAGAAUCCAGAGUUACACCCUUCAGAUUUCUCUGGAGUCACACCAAGGAAAAGGGAAAUUCAAACUCCGAAUCCCAUGGCAACUCCUUCGGCUACUCCUGGACCGGGUCUUACCCCCAGGAUUGGCAUGACACCUUCCAGAGAUGGAUAUUCUUUUGGUAUAACACCAAAGGGGACUCCUUUCAGGGAUGAACUUCACAUAAAUGAAGAUAUUGAAAUGCAGGAUACUGCAAAGAUGGAGCUGCAUCGGCAGGCUGAGCUGAAAAGAAACUUGCGUUUUGGCUUAAACAAUCUUCCACAACCUAAGAAUGAGUAUCAGAUAGUUAUCCAACCCAUUCCUGAGGAGCAUGAAGAAUAUGAGGAGAAGGUCGAAGAGGAUAUGUCCGACAGAUUAGCCAGGGAGAAGGCACAAGAACAAGCAAGGCAGGAGGCCUUGCUAAGGAAGCGAUCCAAAGUGCUUCAGAGAGAGCUUCCUAGACCUCCUACUGCCUCACUGGAGAUUAUCAAGAAGAUGCUGAUGAGGGGUGAUGAAGAUAGAAGCUCGUUUGUUCCCCCUACUCCAUUUGAGCAGGCUGAUGAAAUGAUAAAUAGGGAACUUCUUGUAUUGCUAGAACAUGACAAUGCUAAGUAUCCAAUUGAUGAUAAAACAGACGAGAAGAAAAAGAAAGGGACCAAGCAUUUGGCAAAUGGUAAAUCUUCUGCAAUACCUGAACUUGAAGAUUUGGAAGAAGAUCAGCUGAAGGAGGCUGAUUCUUUGAUAAAGGAAGAAAUUCAGUUUUUGCGAGUGGUGAUGGGGCAUGAGAAUGAGUCUUUUGAUGAUUUUGUCAAAGCACGUGAUGCAUGCCAGGAAGAUCUCAUGUUUUUUCCUGCUCGUAGUACCUAUGGUCUUGCAAGUGUUGCUGGGAACAAUGAGAAACUUGCUGCUUUACAAAAUGAAUUUGAGAUUGUGAAGAAGAGAAUGGAUGAUGAAGCAAAGAGGGCAACACGACUUGAACAGAAAAUUAAAAUUCUCACGCAUGGUUACCAAGCAAGGGCUGGAAAAUUAUGGUCACAGGUGGAGGCCACAUUCAAGCAAGUGGAUACCGCUGCAACAGAACUUGAAUGCUUUCAAGUGUUACAAAAGCAGGAACUGCUAGCAGCUACUUACAGAGUUAAUAGCUUAGUUGAAGAAGUCACCAAGCAAAAAGCACUAGAACAGAAUCUACAGCAUCGUUAUGGGGAUCUCUUGGCUGAGCAUGAUCGAGUUAAAAGGCUGUUUGAGGAACAUAAGAUGCGGCUGCGUAUGGAAGAAGAAAUUGCUGCAAGGAACCGAGCUCUUGAGGAAGAAGCUGCUGCAAGGAAUCGUGCUCUUGAGGAGGAAGCUGCUGCAAUGAAUCGUGCUCUUGAGGAGGAAGCUGCUGCAAGGAAUCCUGUUCCUGUGGAGGAAGCUGCUGAGAAAAAUGUUACUCGGGAAGAAACGGCAGCGAACAAUCAUGCAAUGAAUGAGGAACUGGCAGAUAAGAAGGAUCAUCUUGAUUCAGAUCAUGCUGAAGAUGGCACUUCUAACGAAGAGCCUAUUCAAGGUGAAGCUACCCAUUGUGUGGGUAUUAUUUCUAAUGGUACGGAUGAUCUCAAGGAGCAGAUGCCUGUUGCCAAUAGUGUUAUUGUGUCUGGUGACAUGCCUCAGCUUGUGACCGAAGAGAAAAUGAUGGUUGAUGAUAAGAUGACUCUGAACCCAGUUGAUGACAACAUGCUCCCCAUUGUUCUGGUUGAAAGCACCGUUGUUAUUCCUCAAGCUGAUUCUGGUGUUUUAAACUCAGAUGUUGUUGGUGCUUCAGUUGGCAUGGAGGAUGCAACAAUUUCAGAUGUCAGUAAUCAAGAAGUUACUGCAUCAAUGACACAACCUAUUUUGUCUUUGCAAAACACAAAUGAAGCUUCUGCCUCUGACAUAGGCGGUCAGAUGGCUCAGGAUGACGAGCAGCAAGUUGGGUUGGAGUUGGUCGACUCUGGCAACCUUGUAGUAGAUGGUAGUGUCUCUAACGCAGAUGCUCAUGUGGACAAUGUAAAUGUAAAUCCAAGUGUGACCGAUGAUGCAUCUGGUGGUUUGAGUUCAGAAACAGUUAUGAUUAGUUCAGAGAUAUCGGCCAAUCCUGCUGUUCAGAUUUCUGGCAACUCGAUGGAUCAUGAUGCAGCAAAGGUGUAAUGUUCUUCAAUUAUUGUGGAAGGUCAGAACUUCUUCAAUGAUGCAGAGUCUUUAGCCAGUUGCAGCCAUCUUUCACUAGAUUUUAUACGGCUGGCAAUAUUAGUUAUAUGUAAUCUCUAUUAAUCUGCAAACUUCUUAAUCAUGUUGUUCUUAGAACUUGUUGUUUCGGUUUUAGCAUUCCUCCUUUUGAGUUCGGCCCGAUUAGUUCUGAAAAUUAAAAUGUAAAGGGGCAUCACCUCUUUUACCUUUAUGGACAAUGAGCAUCUAUUUUUGCA